AGGGUGGUGCUGGUGUCUGAAAUCACAAGACUCCCAAGCGAACAAAAGCUGAGCAAAGUUUCUUGUUGGAUCUCCUUCACACCUGCUUUGUACUUUUGGGAGGCAAAUCCAAGGCCGAGGUGAGCCUAGAACACUAAGAGAUGGAAGAUAGAACGAAGCAGAAUGAACAACACGGUAAAUGUCUUGAAAAAGGUGCGGAAAAAACCUUGAUUGCUAUUAUAAUCUGUUUGGGGAUUUUGCUAUUUGCUUCUUUAAUCUGCAAUGUCUUGGUGUACUUGUAUUUUCAACAACAGAAAGAGAGAAGAAAGGAAUACUAUGAGGAUCUUGAUGAAGAAGAAAGACGUUUGACUCCAAAAAAACUUUGGAAAUCAAUUCAGGAAAAUGAAGUUGAUGUGGUCCUGCACCCUGACACAGCACACCAUCAGCUUUCUUUGAAUGAUGAUGCAUCUCAAGUACGAUUCAUAGGAAGUACACAAGGCCCAGACCGGUGGUACUGUGUCACAGGCAGCAACUGGUUUAUGAAAGGAAGCCACUACUGGGAGGUGGAGGUGGGAGAAAAGGCCAGCUGGGCCCUUGGACUGGCAACUGAGAGAAUCAACGAGAGCAGAGUCAUUCCUGAGAACCCUGAAAAUGAAUUCUGGAUCAUCCGUCUUCGUGGUGGGAAGAAGUUUGAGGCCGUCUCAAGCACAGUCAGUGCACUACAUGGAAAACCCAAGAAAGUAGGGAUAUACAAGACAACUAAAGAGCUGUCCUUCUAUGAUGCAGAGACAAGAACUUUUAUUCAUACAUUUUAUAUUAAGUACCCUGGAGUGCUGUACCCUGUGUUCAGUCCAGGGUCACGUGACAAGGGGCCGCUGAUCAUCAAGAAAAAAAAGGAAAAAAGUAACAUGGACUGAAGAAUGAAAGUGACAUUUAACUUUUAAAUGAUCACUGCAGUAGCUAACAUGUGCAUCUUUAUAAAACAUAGCCUUACCAAUAAAUGUUGUUUGUUCUUUUCUGUAGUGACAAUUUUUAUGUUUAAGAUUAAAUAAAUGAUGUUAUCUUACUUUCAAGAUCAUCUGCACAAA